AUGCCGGCACCUACAGCUCUUCGCCAACCAGAAGCCCCGGCGCUUCAGCCUGCAAAUUCUGCACUCGAUCAGGACGAUGAGAUUUUGAUUGACGCCCAGGGAACGCUUGAAGAAGGCUCCUCGAAUCCUGUCGCCGAGUCUGCCGAUGAUAAUGAGAUGCGCAUUGACGAAGAAGGCCGUCCUGUUUUCACACCAGCCAAGGACACCAAUACUGCCUAUCGGAUCGAGACACGCAAGGUUCCCGUCCCACCACACCGCAUGACUCCCCUCAAAGCAAACUGGAUGAAGAUCUGCCCUCCCAUUGUCGAGCACCUAAAGCUGCAAGUCCGGAUGAACGUCAAGAGCCGAGCAGUGGAGUUGCGCACCUCGAAAUUUACCAAUGACGUGGGAGCCUUGCAGAAAGGCGCGGAUUUCGUCAAGGCCUUCACACUCGGCUUUGAUAUCGACGAUGCGAUCGCUCUCCUCCGUCUUGAUGAUUUGUACAUUGAAACUUUUGAAAUCAAGGAUGUGAAAACUCUUAACGGAGAGCAUUUGGGCCGCGCUAUCGGGCGCAUCGCGGGCAAGGAUGGAAAGACCAAAUUUGCAAUCGAGAACGCAAGUCGCACAAGAGUUGUGCUCGCCGACCAAAAGAUCCACAUUCUUGGCGGGUUCAAGAACAUCCAUAUUGCACGAGAGGCGAUUGUUAGUUUGAUCUUGGGUAGCCCUCCGGGCAAGGUUUAUGGCAACCUUCGAACGGUCGCAUCACGAAUGAAGGAGCGCUUCUGA